GUAAAUAAAAUCAUUCGGUGUUUUUCGUUAUGGCUGGCGGUCGCUCUUCUUAUCUGCUCUCGUUAGCGUGGGUCGUCUGUUGCCUGGCGGUGGUUUUCGCCCAAAAUGAAGUCGGAGACGCGGUUCAGCCUACUCCGAUUGUCAUGUGGCACGGAAUGGGUGACUCAUGCUGCUUCCCAUUCAGCUUAGGCGAGAUCAAGAACAGACUAAACGAUUCGCUGCCGGGAGUCUACGUAAAUUCUCUUCAAAUCGGCGAUUCCAUCAUUAAAGAUAUGGAAAAUGGCUAUCUUUUGCAUCCAGAUAAGCAGGUCGCUUUGGCCUGCGAUAUCAUUCGGAAAGACGAGCGUCUACAGGACGGGUACAACGCCAUCGGAUUUUCUCAAGGAUCGCAGUUUUUACGUGGACUCGUCCAGAGAUGUCCCAAUCCGCCAAUGAAGAAUUUGAUUUCUCUGGGCGGUCAGCACCAGGGUGUCUACGGAUUGCCCAACUGCGGUUCCCUGUCGAGCACCAUUUGUGAUUACUUGAGGCAAUUGUUGAACAAGGCUGCAUAUUUGGAAUGGGUGCAAAAUUCGCUAGUGCAAGCGACCUACUGGCACGACCCGUUAAACGAAGAGGAGUAUCGAAACCACAGCACUUUUCUGGCAGACAUCAAUAACGAAAGGGUCGUCAACCAAACGUACAUCAAGAAUCUGCAGACUCUGCAGAACUUCGUGAUGGUGAAGUUUGCCAACGACACCAUGGUGCAACCGGUCGACAGCGAAUGGUUCGGUUUCUACAAACCGGGACAGGCUGUCCAAGUCCAGAGCUUGGAAGAGUCCCAACUAUAUACAGAAGACCGGCUGGGUCUCAAACGAAUGAACGAAGAUUCUAAGCUGAAGUUCAUUUCCAUCCCCACCAAUCAUCUGAGGUUCGAGUGGGACUGGUUCGAAGAGAACAUCGUAAAGUCGUAUCUGAAAACCUAAAUUUAAACUAUUUUGGAAUGCAACUGUGAUAAUUUCAUCAAAAUUAGAAAAAAAUAAUUAUUGCCAACAAUUCAUCAAUAAAUG